UUCAAAAUUAGUUAUUAGUAAAGAAGUAAUGACUUAUUUAUUUUCAGAACAGUAUUCAUCUUUGUGGAUGUGGCAAUCAUUGUCAUAUUUAUAAAAGUGAAAAAGUAACUUUUAUCAAAAUGGGUGUUCCUAAGUUUUACCGGUGGAUAAGUGAGCGUUAUCCUUGCCUGAGUGAAGUUGUAACAGAAUUUCAAAUCCCGGAUUUUGAUAAUUUAUAUUUAGAUAUGAAUGGAAUUAUACACACCUGCUCUCAUCCAAAUGAUGAUGACCCACAUUUUCGAAUUACAGAAGAAAAGAUAUUUGCUAACAUAUGCCAUUAUAUUGAGUUCCUCUUCAAAAUGAUAAAACCAAAAAAGGUUUUCUUUAUGGCUGUUGAUGGUGUUGCCCCACGAGCAAAAAUGAAUCAACAAAGAGGACGCAGAUUUCGUACUGCCAAAACAGCUUUAAUGCUAGAGGAACAAGCGCUUGCUUCUGGUGAAUCUCUACCACAGGAUGCAAAGUUUGACUCGAAUUGUAUCACUCCUGGUACACCAUUCAUGGUACGCCUCAAUACUAUUUUAAAAGAAUUUGCUGUUUAUAAAAUAUCAACUGAUAAACUGUGGCAAGAUGUUAGAGUUUAUUUAUCUGGACAUGAAACACCAGGUGAAGGUGAACAUAAAAUAAUGGACUUCAUUAGAUAUGAAAAAUCACAACCAAAAUAUAAUCCAAAUACUCGACAUUGUUUAUAUGGACUAGAUGCUGAUCUAAUAAUGCUUGGCUUAUGUUCUCAUGAGCCCCAUUUUUGUUUAUUACGUGAGGAAGUAAAGUUUGGUAAGAAAAAUCAGAAAAAGAUUGCUACUGCAGAAGAAACCACUUUUCAUUUACUUCAUAUAUCACUUCUUCGAGAUUAUUUCUAUCAUGAGUUUUCUCCUGUUAAAGAUAAACUACCAUUUCCGUAUGAUGUUGAAAAAAUUAUUGAUGAUUUUGUAUUAAUGAGUUUUCUUGUUGGCAAUGAUUUUAUACCUCAUUUACCGCAACUGCAUAUUCAUCAUGAUGCUUUGCCAGUUUUAUUUAAAACUUAUAUGGACGCCUUGCCUAUGUUGGGAGGCUAUAUUAAUGAGGGUGGUUUUUUAAACCUUGAAAGAUUUGAAAUGUUUUUUGAAAAGCUUGCUGAAUAUGAUUUUCAAAAAUUUGGAGAGUUAAAUGAAGACUUUCAAUACUUAGAAAAAAAAUCCAAAUGUCAGAACAUAGAGGAAGAUGACAAAACAAGCACUUCUGAUAUUCUUUCUGGAUUAGGUUUCAGCAAUUUAGCUAUUGCAAAAACAGCUGAGUAUGAUUCUUCAAGUGAAGAUGAAGAUAGUGAAGAAGAGUGUUCAACUUUAGAACUUGAAUUUAAUAUGCAUAAAGUAGAUUACUAUAUGAACAAGCUUGAGUUAGAAAAAGUAACAGACGAUGUUAUGAAAGAUCAGGCUGAGGGUUAUGUUAGAGCUAUACAGUGGAAUUUGCAUUAUUAUUAUAAUGGUGUUGUUUCAUGGAGUUGGUAUUAUCCUCACCAUUAUUCUCCAUAUAUUUCUGAUGUUAAGGAUUUCAAAAACAUGGAAAUGAAUUUCGAGCUGGGUCAUCCAUUUUUGCCUUUUCAGCAACUUCUAUCCGUUUUGCCUAAGUUAAGUAAAGAUCUUUUACCUGAAUCAUAUCAAAAGUUAAUGUGUGAUAAAGAUUCUCCUUUAAUUGACUUUUAUCCUGAUGACUUUUUAACUGAUUUAAAUGGGAAGCAGCAAGAAUGGGAAGCUAUAGUACUCAUUCCGUUCAUAAAUGAAAAACUUUUAUUGAAAUUUGCAGCUGAGGCAGAUAAAAACUUAACUGAAGAAGAAAGACUGCGUAAUCGGCAUGGUCCUCAUCUUUUGUAUACAUAUAAUUCAAAAAUAACCGGUGGACCCUUAUCUUUUUUACCUGGUCAUUAUUCUCCUAUUAGUGAAACACAUGCUGAAGUUAGGGGAAUCGAGCCUGAUUAUUUUCGCCUCCCAUCUGAACUCAUUUAUAAAGGGCUUUGUCAGGAUGUUGUUUUAGAUCGAUUUAUUUUAGGUUUUCCUACUUUAAAAACUUUAAAACAUUCUGCUUGUCUGAAAAAUGAAAAGGUUAAAGUGUUUCAUAUGGUAAGCAUGAAAGAUAAUAUGAUGAUAACCAUCCAGGAGUCUGUUGAAGAGGAGAUGAUAAAAUUAAGUGAAAAAUUAAUGGGCAAAAUUAUAUAUGUUGGUUGGCCACAUCUUCAGGAAGCUUUAGUAGUAUCUUUGUCUGAUGGCAAAGUAAAAUAUUGUUUUGAUAAAGAUUGGCGUUCAAAUGAAAAAAUGAUUGUUUCAAAAGAUAUGACUAAAGAUGAACAAAAAAUCUGGGUUCGUCAAGUAGAAAAUGUUGAAGAGCAAUCCUAUCAACGAUGGGGAAUUUUCACUCAAAAAAUUAAUGUACUUGUAUUUGUAAAAAAAUUUUCAGGUGUGAAAUACAUUGUCAAAAACGAUGGUAGAAUUGCUGAAGAUAAACAGUUUGAGGGAUCUUUAAUAUAUUGUGCAGCGCAGACGGUCGUCAGCGAUAUCAUUCCCUUUAAUCCUGAUUCAAAAACAGAGAAAAGCAUAGUUGAUAUAUUUCCAAUUAAUUCAGUUGUAUUCCUGCUUACUUCACAAUAUUAUGGCAGUGCAGGAAAAAUUAAUGAUAAUGAUGUUAUUAAAAAUAAAGGAUGUGUACUGGUUGAUAUUGAACUUACUACUGAGCCAAAUCUAUUACCUGUUAUACACAAUCAAGAAGCAUUAAUGGAAGAACAAUUCAUGCCUGGUUAUAUUGCUGCUCAACAGUUAGGAAUAGAAUCACAUUUUUUUUCUUGUAUUACUGGUGUUAUUAUGAUUCAAACUAGUCCAAAGGGAAGCAGUUGUCCUAAUCGUGUAAAUGUUGGAUUGAACUUAAAAUUCAAUAAAAAGAAUGAAGAAGUGCAGGGCUUCUCCAAAAAGAAAGAUAACCAGUGGUUGUAUUCUGAGGAAGUUGUUAAAACUUUAAACAAUUAUCUUUGUAAAUUUGCUGACUUUUUUGAAAAAUUGUAUAACUUCAUGGAUAAUGAUGUGAUUUAUGUAGAAGAUUUAUAUCCUAAUGGGGAAGGGUCUGAAAUAAUGAAGGAAAUUACAACUUGGUUAAAGGAACAAGCUUGUUCUUUAGCAGAUCGCCAACAGUGUGGUAUGAAUAAGCUAGAUGUGGGAAUUAUCUGUGCAGUUGAAAAAACUGUUUUAAAUUCAACAAAAGAUGAGAUCUAUCAUGUAAAAAAAGUUCUAAAACCAGAUCAGUUAUUCAAUCCUCUUUUAAACAAAGGUGUAUAUAAGCCUGAUCAUAAAUGCUCUUUUCAUUUAUUUGAUAGAGUUGUAAAUAUAAGACCUUCAUCUAGUGUACCUUUAGGACUCAAGGGCACAAUUAUAGGCAUUCAAAAAGCUGAAAAAGAAAGUGAUGAUAUGUAUGAAAUUCUUUUUGACAAAGAAUUUCUUGGUGGUAUUGCUAUUGGUUCUGGAACUAAAAAAGGAUAUAGAAUGCCAGCUGAUGCUCUGAUAAAUAUAUCUCAUGGAUUGAGACUUCAAAAGCAAAAUAAUAACUCACCCAUUAAGACAACUAGGGUUUUGACUCCAAAGUUGAAGCGCACAUCAGUAUUUGAUUCUGCUGUGAAACAGUUGCAUCCAAAUCCACCUCUUGUUCAAGUUCUACAAAAAUUGAACUCUUCUGUUCCAAAUCAGGCAAAACCAUUUUAUAAAGCUGAUAAUAAUGACAGCUUUGUGGGAAUUAAUCAAAGCUUUAAUCCUUUACCUUCAAGUUUAACUUUUUACAACUCCAGUAAUAAACAAUUUGUGACCCCUAAUGCCAAUCGGCUUAGUAGUGGAUCAUCUGGAAGCCCAAGCAGGCAAGAUAGUGCAACAGGUUCUCAUUCGGAUUUUCAGAAUUUUUGGUUGAAUUUGAAAAAAAGAGCCCCAGACUCACCAACAAAUCCAGAAUUAACUAAACAAUCUCCAAAGCAACAUCCUCAACAAACAAAUUCAGUUUCUGAGCAAACAUAUGGCCAAAAAGUAUCUGUUGAAGAAUUAUUUCAAGGUGUUCAGCACAAUAUGAAACAAAGCCAAAAUCAGAUUAAAAAUAACAAUUCAUUCCCCAAAUCACCAACUUCACACCCAAAGGCUGAAGCUCCAGAUUUAUUACGCCAAUUAUGUUUAGAUAUUUAUAAAAAACCUCCCAUUUAUAAUUACCAAAGCCAUGGUAUUACAAAUUUCCAUACAGCAACUAUCAAACUUCCAAACAAUGAACAUGUUUCCAGUAUUCCAUGUGCCACCAAGCUGGAAGCUGCAGCUAAUGCAGCUGAAACUGGCUUGGCUUUUCUUAGAACUUCAUUAAAUCACAAUGUAUUUCCUCCGGAUCCUUCAAUCUAUAGACAAAUACCACCACCAAAUUUCGUUGCUGAUCCAAGACCUUAUUUCUCUCCUCUUAGACAAACUUCAUCAAAUUUAUUUCCACCUCCACCUACAAAUUUAAUUCCUCCACCGCCAUCAGGAAAUUUCAUCCCUCCUGUAAACUUCCGUCCUGCUGCACCAACUUAUCCUCCGUCAAACUACCAACCUUUUCCUCAGCGUUUCGAUACAACUUUAAUGCGUCACGGGCAGCCUUAUCAGAGCCAAAUACCCGAAUCCUUUUUAAAGGUGAAUCAAAGAUUACUGUUACCUUCAGAAACUGUUUCAGCUGUUCAGCAAAACAAUGUUGGUCCUCUCCCAUCUUUUGAUAAUAAUGCUUCUGUUUCGCAAGGGGAUGUAUUUCAUCUUCCAGGUGGCGGUACUGCAAUUGUAAGAAACAGCACAGUGCAACAGUGGUCUCCAAGAGGAAAAGAUAAUCCUCCUUCUAACAUGUUUGUUCCUGCUCAAGUAAUGAAGUAUGCUAUCAAAGCUGAGGGUCCUUUAUCUAGUUCAGAGUGGCCAGAUCUUCCUGCUAAAGAAACUAAAAAGUCUUUAACAAUUGUAUCGUCUCCAGAUUCUCAAGCUUCUGAUAAAAGGACUUCUAAAUCAUUUUCUGAGAUUUCUAAAUGUUUAUCUCACGGUGAUUCUUCUGCUGAAAGUUGUGAAAAUUCUGUUCCUUCAAACUCCAGUAUGACUGUUUUAAAGAAGACAAAACCCAGGCGGAGAAUAGCUGCAAAUUUUCAAAAUGCUUGAAUAAUUUAUUAAUUUCUGUGACUUUCUUCUCUCAUUUGUCAUUUGAUGUUUUAUUAACUGAAAUCAUCAAUUUUAUCUUGUGUCAAAGAGUUUAUAUUCAUUGUUUAUGUAAUAUUAAAGCAAAAUAAAUUAACUUUUUAUUUUAAUUCAGCUUUAAGGGAAUGAAGUAUUUAUUUCGUGAAUCAUUUCCUUUCACUGAAUUGUUCAUAUUAAUCGAAACAUUUAUAAGUAUAAUUUCUUAAAGCAUGUUAGCAUCUGGGAAAAUUUAAGAUUUUUCUGUCUGUGCACUAUUUUUCUUUUCAAUAAAAUAGUGAGAAAAGCACAUUGGCUGAACAUAAUUUUAAAUUGUAAUGCAAUUAAAAUAAUUUUUUUUAAACAUUAUAUUAAGAGUAAAGAAAACUGAAUUGUAGUUAAAAAAUUAUUUUCUGAUGUUAUUGAUAAAAAAUAAAGUUGUGUAAUUAAUAGUUAAGAGAUAGUAAUGAAAGUUUACUGAAAUUUUUUUUGAUGAGUUGAAUUUUUCGGAAAUGAUCUACCAUGAUUUUAUGCAAAAAAUAGUAUUCAUCAUUUUUAGAUAUUUUUAUUUUUUUGUUGUCAGCCUUAAUUGGAUAAUGAAAAACAUUCUCGUUGUGAGAUCUGAUCGUGCUAAUUUCUGUCAAAGGCACCACCACCCUGUUCCAGUUUUUACAACAGAUUACGAAUGCAAAUCAUGCCUUUGUGGCAUCAGUCGUUUAUUUUAUAAAAAAUAAAAUUUUAAUGGUACAAAAAUGCCCCUUAGAUUUUAUAGUAUCUUUUCCUAGUAUUGUUAAAUUAGUGACUUUAAAGCACAUAUGUAAUAAUUUUUAAAAAUUUAUUAAAAAAUAAAGGUACUUAUAAGUAAAUUAUGUUGCACUAUGUAGAAAGAAUUUAAUAAUGUGGGUAAAUGCAGAAA